UUGACUCGGACUUGUAAUACAGAUGCGCAUCGCAGAGGAUUUUUACGCUCUGUGAAAAAUCUUCACUUUAAUUCCAUUUGUAUGCGAAAUGGGAGACGUUCUAUUAUUUGAUCUUGGGAGAGAUCCACGAUAACUUUCCAGGCUUAUGGCAAUCUGCUACUUUUUCAGUGGUUUCUACAAAACAUUCCCUGAAUUGACAUCGCCAGAGAGUAGAGACGCAUCGUCGAAUUGGUAGGACCAUGGACAGCGUUGGAGCCGCGCAAGAUCGCGAAGUCUGAUAAACUUUGAUCAGAAGGAGGUGCCGGACCUUCCCAAAAACCUCACAGAUGAGUUUCUCCGAUCCUCUAACAGAGGAUCUCAACCUGUCCUCAGCCAUGUACUCUCCCGUCACCAACAUGUCCCUCAACUCCUCUGAGGUGGACAGUGAGCCCUUCUGGGGCGGCAGCACCGUGGUCACAGCCGUCGUCUCGUUCAUCGUCUUCAUGGUGGGUCUCCUUGGCAACACGCUGGCCAUCUACGUGGUUCUGCGUUACGCCAAGAUGAAAACUGUCACCAACAUGUACAUUCUCAACCUGGCCCUGGCUGACGAAAUCUACAUCUUGGGCAUCCCCAUGCUCACCACUCAAAACGUGCUCUCCUAUUGGCCUUUUGGAGAGUUCCUAUGCCGGGUAGUCAUGAUAGUGGACACCAUGAGUCAGUUCACCAGCACCUUCUGUCUGACGGUGAUGUCCAUCGACCGUUAUCUGGCGGUGGUGCAUCCCAUCCGGAGUGCCAAGUGGCGUCGUCCAAGGGUGGCCAAGGUGAUCAACAGCAUGGUGUGGGUGGUGUCCUUUCUGGUGGUGCUGCCCGUGACCAUCUACUCAGGCGUACAGGACAAGUUCAAGUCCUGCAACAUGAGCUGGCCUGAUCCCCAGAAAGUGUGGUCCGCAGCCUUCAUCCUCUACACGGCAAUCUUGGGCUUCUUCACCCCGCUGCUCAUCAUCUGCGUUUGCUACCUUCUCAUCCUCCUUAAGGUGCGGUCUGCGGGGGCGCGGGCCGGCCUGACCAAACGCAGGCGCUCUGAACGCAAGGUCACACGCAUGGUGGUGAUCAUUGUGGUGGUGUUUGUGUUCUGCUGGCUCCCAUUCUUCAUCACCAACAUAGUGAACUUGGUGGUCCCCAUCCCCGAGACCAGCCUGAUGGCGGGGGUCUACUUCUUCCAGGUCACCCUCACCUACGUCAACUCCUGCGCUAAUCCCUUGCUCUACGGCUUCCUGUCCGACAACUUCAAGCAGAGCUUCCGAAAGGUCCUCUGCAUCCACAAGGCUAACGGUGUGGGUUCUUUGGACACCAGUCGACCUCGCACUGAGCCUCUCUUCAUGUCCAGGGACCAUACCCAGGGGUUUAAUGGCCACAUGCAGAUGAAUCAGUGUGUCCAAUUAAACACUUGCAACACUGUGAAGACCGAGCUGUUGCCCUUGGAAAGCCCAGUGAUCGGCCAGUCUACUCUAUGAAACCCUGUCUCUGCUGCCCUUUCACCGUUAACACAGCCAGCAUCUGGAACUCUUUUUUGUUGUUGUAUCCAUUAACCAAACAGACGUCUGACACCCCUGGAGACAGUUCAGGAGCAGACUGUCACCUCCACAGUUGGACUAAAAGAAGAACGAGUUAAGUGGGCCCAAGAUACCUAUCUGGUCUGUUUAGCCCCAAGCAUUGAUACACUACCUAGCACUACCAGCUGCCUUGGUGACGUUGAAGAGCCACUGAAUUAAUAGAAGACUUUUUUGCGAGGAGCAAAUGUGCUACAAAUGUGUGAUUGACAUUUCCGAUACAUCACAUGGACCUAUAAAAAGUUUUGUGCAUGAAAAUUUAUAAAAUGUAUACUUUGCAUCAGGAAUGCUCUGUGUUUGAAUAUAGUAUGUUGACUUUAAGUUGUAUGAAACAUCAUGUGUAUUGUUAAACAUUUAUAGGUGGAGCACAGUAAAAAUUUGGGUGUUAUUCCGUUAACAUAGUCACAGAGGAUUAGGUGACAUAGGGCCAAAAACUGCCACCCGCUUAAUGACGGGCCAAAACCAUGACCGCUCAACCACAGGCUGUUUUCAUGGACCGAUUAGUGGGUUUGAUGUCGGAAUCUCUCCAACCAAUCAGUGACAGUAAGACCCCCUGUUGGCAACAAGCUGGUGCUUUCCCUCCUAUUGAUGUUGAUGGUGAAUACCAGCCCUCUCAGGACAAACUUAUGCCCAAGGCAAAGGCAGUCCAAGGUGAAGCAGGAAUGGUAUCCUAUGAACUUUUACAAACAAGCACUGACAUAACAAAUCUGGUUACUGUCAUUUAUGAACAAUUAUGCUUUCUGUUUCAGUUUCAUUUUCAUUAGUGUGGUAAGCUUGUCUGGAGACAUAUAUUUAGGAAUCUCUGUCAUCAGUGACGUAUAACUUAAUGUUCAAACUUGAUUCAUCAGUUCGAAUUAAAUGGGUGAAAUAACUUUUGCAUCUGUUAUUGUGUAAAUUACCUUAUUAUUUUAAAGUGCUUGCACUAAUACUUUAGUACUACUUCAUAGUACAAUAGGCAAAGGGAAUACCCUAUAUAAACAUAGAAAAUAUUUGUUUUUGAUGAUUUACAGUAUGGUUUGAAAGAACCUACAGUAUGACUUUAUUGCUUGAAGGCUAUUGAGUCAACGUGUUCAAAAAGUUUUGUUCACAAUUCACUGGUAAACUGUUUAAUAAAUAGCAAAA